GAAAUUCCCAUACUGCUCUGCGUCUGCGCUUCCAUAUUCUCAUGAGCCUUCUUGAUCACUUGUGGGACGACACCGUUGCCGGACCUUUGCCGGAGAAUGGUCUCGGCAAGCUCCGAAAACACCCUUCCUUCCCUUCCCGAUCUAUCUCUGACAAGGAAUCUGAGGGUGGAAACGUGAGAUCCUACGGUGGGGAUUCGGCAGAGGCUGCGGUGAAAGUGUCACGUAGUAUUAUGAUAGUGAAACCAGCUGGGUACCAGAGUCCGAGUGGAUCAGCUCCGGCAUCCCCUGCCGGUUCUACCCCUCCACUAUCUCCGUUUUCCGGUAAGGAGCUAGAGAGCCGUUUCGUUUUCGAAGAAGGUCAAUAUCAGAUGCGUACGAGAGCGAGGUCAAGACAGGCCAAAACAGACCAAGCCCUUCUUCUCCUUUCGAUGUGUGAUAAAUGAGUAUGAGUUAGUGAUAAGCACUUGAUCGUUGUGUUUGUUUUCCUUUUGGCUCUAGUGGUAUCCAAUGUGUUAUUGCUUUGUGUGUUUGUGUGUUAGAUGUAUUAUGUAUAUAGAGGUUGUGUAGUUCUUGUAAAUAAUUAGCAUGUUGUUUAUUUAGUCUCUGAGAGAUGCUAAUAGUAAUGCUUUGUUUGUUUAAAUAUAUAAGAACUUGUAAGGUGUAGAGCUGUAUCUAACCUAACUAGUUAAUGCUAGUAUAUGUUUGUAUA